AUGAGCAACAUAAGCGGUUAUAACGUCUCGAAGAACUAUUACAACCUCAACCCAAUUGACUUUGGCUUGAAUUACUCCAUCUUCCAGUUCCCAGAUGAUUCAGCCAUGGAUACUUACAAACGUGGCAUUUCUCUACGGGACUUGAUCGCCGGCCGAAAGGCCAAGCGAGUGGACAUCACAAAACUCCCUCCCAUUUGUUGGGAUGAUUGUGGUGACGCAGCAAGAGAGCCGAUGGAGAAUGGAAAGACUGCAGAGCUAUGCAAGAGUGAUUCUGUAUUCAAGCAAAAUCUCGAGAAUUGUGAGAAUUGUGUGACGAACAAUGGCGAUUCCGACUCCGGCUCGGAAGCCUACUCAUCCCGACUGUUGCCAACGUUUGCCCAAUGGUUGAACUUCUGCUCUGAUAUGCCCACGAGUACCACAACCAGCAAGGCUUCGACUACCACAGAGUCUCGUGUCACAACGACGACCACAUCCAGAGAUGUUGAAACCACUCCUACUAGCACCGACACAACAAGGGCUACAAUCACGAGUACUGAAGAGACAAGCACAACCAAAGCGACAGCGACAGCAACAACCACGGCGAGAUCUGAAACUGAAACUCAUGCCGAAUCUUCUGUUUCUACCGUACCCGAAUCCACCGAUGGGGUCAAAACAAGCAGUUCAACCGGGGAGUCUUCGAGCUCACCGGAAGCAGCUCAUUACAGUAGCUCGUCUACUAUCUCGGUGCCUGGCUUGAUUGUGACCACAUCGGUUUCCGGAUCUCUCAUAACAACCUCUCUACCAGGUUCAGUUGUGACCAGCGUCUUUUCAUCGUCAGCCUCUGACUCACCCAUAACAACCUCCGUGCCGGCAUCCGUGGUGACAACUUCGGUCUCUGGUUCGCUCGUGACAACUUCUGUGUCAGGAACACUUAUGACUUCCUCAGUGUCUGGCUCGUUCGUGACUACCUCUAUACCUGGUUCGAUCGCUACCAUUCAUGGCACUUCCAGUGCAGAUGAUGGCGGUGAAAAUGCCUCCUCAACGUCAACUCGUGGUACCGGUGACGGCUCAUCGGAUACACUGGGUGGAAGUCGCACUGCGUCAGCAGGACCUUCUUCUUCAUCUCCGGCCUUUAACAUGGCAAUUUCCAUGAGCGCUCCUCACUUGGGUGCUUUAUCCUUGUGUUGGGCUGCUGUUGCCGCGCUUUUCUAG